AUGGAGCCAAUGAAGUUUGUGCUGUUGCUCGUGCUCGUGUCGAGUGUGUGUGAAGCCGCAGCUCUGCCAUCCUGCAGGUGGACAUCCUUCCGACUCAGAACACUGAAUGAGGAGAGCACUGGACUGCUGGAGAGCAUGGGUGGUCGAAUGCCACUGGAGUGUUUAGAGGGAAAAAACAUCUCGUUUCCAAAGGUGUCUUUUCCAGAGGUAGUGAGCAUCAAAAUAACGCAUGGAUCUUUUUAUUUCUUACAGAAUAAAGACUUGUUCUUGAUGGCUCUUGAAACUCUUAAUGGAGUCUCCCAAAUCUUCAAUAACAACCACACAGCAGUCACAUGGGACAGAGAGCAACUGAGACUCUUCCAGGCCAUCAUAGAUCGACAAGUGGAGAACCUGCAGAUUUGUGUAGGGAAAAAGAUCCAGAGAGCGAUGGACAAACCUGCCAACAGCAGCACCGAUACACUCAGGUCCUAUUUUGAAAAGUUGGAGGAGCGACUGAAAGAGAAGGAGUUCAGCUCGUGCGGCUGGGAGAUGGUGAGAACCGAGCUGCUGGAUGGACUCAAGAAGUUGCAGACUUUUAUAGAGAACAAGAAUUAA